AUGCCUAAGUUCUUACGCUUUUGGAUUUUGAUUUUUCUGAUUAGGCCUACAUUUUCUCAGCAACAUUACGACAACUCGGAAUGCAAUUCAGAAAUGCAGUAUCCUGGUUCAAACUACCUCUGCAAUGCUCAUAAAUCUUCGUGUGAAUCCUUUAUAGUCUACCGCGCGCAAAAACAUUAUCAAACACUUUCUUCCAUAUCUUCUUUGUUCAAUACAAACACAUCCCAUCUCAGUUCGUACAACAAAAUGUCCCAAACUGAUCCGAACAAUAUCCAGCACGGUCAAGAAAUCAUCGUGCCCGUUAACUGUUCUUGUCCAGACCGCUUCUCCGAGGCUUUCUUUUUAUACAAUGCCUCUAUCGGUGAAUCUCUGUCAGCAAUUGCCUGUGAAGUUUACGAAGGAUUGGUAAAAGCACAAAGUCUAAUAGAAGAAAACCAAGAAUCUCGAGGGGAUAAGCAGAAUUUCUAUCUAUUACGUGUGCCAGUAAAAUGUGCUUGUGUUGAUACUUCUGAUGCAAGAAAUGGAACAAAUUUUCUUGUGACAUAUCCUAUUAUCAGGAAUGACAGUAUAGAUAAAAUAGCGCAUAAAUUCGGAGUUCCUCAAGAAAUGAUCUCGGAUGCCAAUAGACUCGGACAUUUCGAUACUGUAUUUCCUCUGACAACACUCCUCAUUCCCACAAAAGAUGUCCCAAUUCUCAACUAUGAUGUCAUGUCUUCACCACCGGAUCCAAAUCCUAGUCCUCGACCAGAAGUUCCAUUGAAUAAUAACAUUCCAAGGGCAAAAUUGAAGAAUCUGAAAGCAAUCCUUGGGGUGGUUAUAUUUGGAGCAGUUCUAAUAUUCAUUGUUAGCGGGAUUCUAAUACUUGCUCGGAAGAAGUUUGAUCGUCGUAGAUUUGACACUUCAUCUAGUCAAACAUCAAAAUCAUCAGAUUUAUCUCCCGAAUUUCUCCAUGAUAUGUCGAAAUUCAAACUUACAUUGACAUGUUACAGAAUGGAAGAGCUAAGAGUUGCAACUGAAGAUUUCGAUGAAUCUUUAGCAAUAGGUUCUGCAGUUUACAAGGGAAGAAUCGGUGAUAUUGAUGUGGCAAUCGAGAAAAUCGAUUCAGCAGCAGAAGGAAAUCAUGUAAUUUCCAUAUUGACAAAGAUCAAUCACAUAAAUGUGGUAAAGUUAGAGGGCUGCUGCAUUGAGUCGAGCCAAUAUCUCGUGUACGAGUUCGUCAACAACGGCAGCUUGAGGGACUGUUUAUCGAAUCUCACGAUGGCUAAACUGCUAACAUGGGAUAGGAGGAUACAGAUUGCUUUUGACAUCGCCGUGGGGAUACACUACAUGCAUUACUGCACAAGGCCUAAUUAUGUUCAUCACAACAUAAGCAGCAAAAGUAUCUUGAUUACAGAAAAUUGGAGGGCUAAGAUUUCAGGGUUCAGACGAGCAAGAUCCAGGAGUUGCAUUGAAGAAAUGAGAGGAACUAGCAAGAAUGACACGACUGUCGAUGUGUAUGCAUUUGGCAUGAUUUUGCUCGAAGUACUAUCGGGUAAACAGGUCACAACAAAUGGGAUGUCAUUUAAGGAUUUUCUCGAGAUUUUAGCUGGUAAAGAGCUUCAAGAAUCGUCGAAAAGCCUGGAGAAACUGAAGACAUUUAUGGAUCCUGUAAUGGAAAAGUAUUACUCAUUGGAAGGUGCUGUAUUCUUGGCAUGCUUGGCCAAGGCUUGCUUGCAGGAAGAUCCAUUGGAAAGACCUUCAAUGAAUGACGUGCUUAAAGUUCUCUCCAUCAUUUUAUGA